AUGGACCUCAGCGUCGGGGUGGUUUCUGGUCUCAUUGCCAUUGCAAUCACAUUGAUGCAACUCAUUGUUCCUAAUGCUCUUGUGGUCAUCCUCGUCGCUGCUUUAUCCCAGGAACACAGCGCAGUGACUUGGUCGGUUGUUUCACGAUCCCUCUCUAAUUCAUUAUGGCCAGUAAUUCUCAGAUCCGACAUGGCGGCGUCAAAUCAAGUUCCUUCCAAGAUCAAUCUCGUAACGUGGGUUCGUCCUCUCAGUCUCGCCCUCAUCGCAGCUGCUGCCAUCGUCACGCCGAUGGGCCUUUACGAAGGUCUUAUACUGACGGAAGACGCGCAACCUGCCACUUUCUCUUUGGUGGACGACUCCGGGAUAAUGGGAUAUGGCACGCUGCCUCGAUCCGACCUGGGAUUUUCACGCCAGUGUUGGGGCAGUCUACCGGUACAAUGUCCUGGGACCACUGUCGUUAUAGACGCAGACGAAUACUAUGGCAAUGCCACCAUCGUCAACGACGAUUACGAUCGAAGAAUCCCAGAAGUUCUUGUUAGACUCUACCAAAGCGGCCUACAUCAACAACCUCGCAGCGUGUCAAGUUAUUUUGACAUCCAAGCUCGACAAUAUCAAUAUGAAAACCAAUACAGCAUCGACAACCAGACUUAUCUCGUUGACAGCUUUCGACCGAUGGGCUCCAUGGUGCUGGAUGACUCGAUCUCCCUGAUCGACGGAUUGGUGGUUGACAUGCGAAAUGGGGGCGUUGGGUUCCGGAAGCAUACCGCCCCUUCCGGAUUACGAUAUGGAGCAGAGUGGGACGAAGAUAUUUUGUUUCUCGAGCCAGAAACGGUGUGUGUAAACACAAACAUCACCCUGGAAGUACAAGUGUCGCCGCUCAACUCAGCCUACAAUUCAUCGGCCCCUUCGGGGUAUCUGGUUGACCAAGGAGGAUACGUCAAUGUCAACAAGACAAGCCCCUGGCUCGAAUCGUGGCACCGUGACCUGCAAGACGCUUUACUAGAGAACAAUGAUCCGAGCUUGAGUGCACGGGCUUACCGCGCUGCUUGGUGGAUGAACGUACAAAACAUGUACUAUCUCAAUGUCACCAAGCCAGACACCAACAGAAGUGCCUACAUGAACUCGGAAAUUGGUCACCGCUUUCCUGUCAACAACUCCUUUACGACCCUUUCUAAGGAUCAGCUUGCCUUUGAAGACUUUGAUGGUCUCAUCUCCGGCAUUCCCAGCGCCUUUGAGUUUUCAAAUGGCUCGCUUGAAAUAUUCAACAGCUCCUUCAGCGAGACACCUUACUAUCCGAACCCAUGGAACAUAACGACGGUAAACUAUACAGACAUUCAACCAUUCUGCACCGGAGCCAUGGGCGGCGACUAUGCAAACAUGACCAAUAUCGACGUGAGAUGCGGUCUCCUUGUUGGUCCUUCCAAGCGCGUUGACGGAUCUCAAAGCAGUGUUGUCGAGCCCGGGUCAUGGUGGACCAGACCAAUCUAUUCCUGCUCAAGUGCAACGAAAGCCACGAUCAAAACCAUUCGAUUCAACUUCAACGCAACCACGAAUGACGGACUCAAUAGUCUCACCGUGAUCAAACUCACGGAUAAAGUUUACCAGAACAAAUCGUCGAUGCCUCUCUGGGGCGUGGAGACACCGGACAUGGAAUUAUAUGACCUUGACCCCUUUUUUGGGCUGAUUUCACCUGAUCUCCAAAACAGCGUGAAUUUAUCUACCAUUCGCUCGGAGAAACUCUAUGUCCCAGCCUCCAGCGCGACCGUGUUCGAGAUCGCUCUCAGCAAUAAUAAGGGAAACGACUUCAACCCCGGCGUCAGCGGUCCGGCGAAGAUAUGGAACAAGCUGUACAGUACAAGUUCCAGUUCUGUGGACGAGGGCACUGACUACUCUGCCGCGAGUAAUUUGGCGUUACUGUCGAAAUGGCAACGACUGUCCGCAAACGCUACGGGUGCAGCUCAUAUCAUCAAUUUGAUAUGGACGGACUAUGCGGCGAACUACUUCGUAGGCACUAGGAGCUGGUUGACGGAUGUGGAUUAUAUGCCUCCAAACUUGCAAGGCGACGGCCAAAAACUUCGCAAACGACAGGAUAGUGGCGCCACUACAACGACUGAUGAUACGGUGCCGAUCCAAAUAUACGAGCGCCGAAUUCGAUAUCAUCUCCUCUAUGGUAUCCCGGCAGCUAUCUGUCUGGUUAUGACGGUACUUGUCUCUCUCGGUGCACUGUUGACCAUGGUGCUAGGUCACGGUAGCAUCGGCCGUCUGCGGCAUUACAUAUGGAGUCUCUCAGCUGGGCGGAUGCUUGGUGCCUUCCUGUUCCCCAAGGAAGGAGACCUGCACUCGGACACGAAAGUGUGGAUUCGGCAAGUCGGAUGGAAGCCUGUUCGGAUUGGGACCCCGGAUAUACCGCAACUCAGCUAUGCUCAGAGCCAUACGGCUGGACCGUACUCGCUGGUCAACCAGAAGGACCCAGCGAUGUUGGGAACGACCACCCAGUUUGAGCCUCUAAGCGGAAACUCUCCUAGGCAGCGACCUUAUAUGGCAUGA